CUUUUCUUCUCUUCUCUUACAGUGUGUUAUAAUUCCUGACACGAAAUCGCAGUUUUCAUCGGUGGUUAAUCUUGCACCUGGGAUCCUUAAGCUUCGCAUCUUUCGGCUGUUUAGAACAAUGUGAUUGUUCGUAAGAAGGAUGUCGCGCUGGUUGGAUCGAUCGACCAUAGGCCUAAUGGGUAUGGUGUUGAUUAGUACAAUAAUGUCGAAUACUGUUAGAAGUUCGAUAAUGAGGUGCGAGGAAGCAAAACUUAAAUGCGCUUACAGAACAGGCUGUGGUACUGCUCUGCAACAUUAUUUUACGGGCUGCGCACCCGCUCUCCAAAGCAACGAUUGUUCCGAGACUUGCCAACAUGCCCUCAUUGCUCUCACCAGCACCGACGAGGGCAAAGAACUUAUGACAUGCGAAUGCGAGGAUAAAUUAUGUUUGCAAUCGAAACAGAGAGUAGAAAUUUGUAGAUCGUCCGUGACAAUGGCGAUGAACAGGACAAGGGUGUCGUGCAGAAUAGCAACUUGGAUAUGUAAUGCAGACGCCCUUUGUCAAACUGCUCUUGGAUACUAUAAUAAAUACUGCAAAAGUAUGUUUCAAGGACGAAAGUGUACUAGGCGAUGUAGGAAUUCGAUAAGUAUUCUAACACGGCAGGAAAAAGCUGCCAAAUUGAAUACGUGUCAAUGCGAUGGUUUUGAAGAUUACGACUGCAAGGGGAUUCACAGAAACAUGAAUCUCCUUUGUUUUGGGAAAAUACAUCAUGGUUACCGCGACGUCAACAUCAAGGAUGACAGGCGGAACGAAUUUCGGAGGCCGAACAUAACUCUUAGAGGAGAUGCUGUUCAAACAUUAGUUGACAGAAGACUAAUAUUAAUUUCUCUAGCAAUUUAUCAUAUAUUUAAAGUGAAGCAAGGUGAGACUACCCGAUUGCAAUGCUAUUUUCAAUGA